CUACCAUGGCUGGGCAUGGAGUUGGGGUGCCCCCCACCACAGAUCUGGCUGAUGCUGUCUCCUGCAGGAGGAGUGGGGGGCGACAUCCUGAUUGACAUUGGCACAGGCCCCACCAUCUACCAGCUGCUCUCCGCCUGUGAGGCCUUCCGAGAAAUCAUCGCCACAGACUACACUGAGCAGAACCUCCAGGAGCUGGAGAGGUGGCUGAAGAAGGAGCCAGGGGCCUACGACUGGUCCUCAGUGGUGCAAUAUGUGUGUGAGCUGGAAGGAGACAGGAGCAGGUGGCAGGAGAAGGAGGCCCGGCUCCGAAGUACAGUCACGCGGCUGCUGAGGUGCGAUGUGACCAAGCCACAUCCCCUGGGGACAGCCCAGGUGCCACCAGCCGACUGCGUGCUGACCCUGUUGGCCUUGGAGAGCGCGUGUCCCGAUGUGGACACUUACCGGGCAGCUGUGCAGGGCCUGGUCAGCCUGCUGAAGCCAGGCGGGCACCUGGUCACCGUGGUGGUCCUGCACGCCGAGAGCUACAUGGUGGGCUCCAAGAAUUUCUUUGGGCUCUACCUGGAGAAGGAGACGGUAGAGAAGGCCGUGGAAGAGGCCGGUUGCCAGGUGCUGAAGUGCAACUACUGCCCCAACAGCUACUCGAAGGCCUUGUGCACCAGUGAUGGUAUCUGCUUUGUGGUAGCCCGCAAAGGCCCCAGUGCCUGAGGCCUGCCUGGCAGCGGAGAACCUGCCCCAGAGAGGAAGUGCAGACCAGCAUCUCUAGAGUGUCAUUCCACAGCCCCCUAAAUGCAAAUGGAGCCUGAGCCCUACCCUUCAGUCUUACUACUUCGUCCCAAAUUCACAGAUGAAAAGCUAGGGUCUCCCCUGAGCAUGGCCCAGAAGUCUGUCACCCGUCCCCCACCUUUCUUGUUCAUUCUGCACUAAAGAUGAGGAAAAUAAAGCAGCUCAGCUGUA